AUGGUCAGUUUUGAUGUUCAGUCACUAUUCACAUGCCUACCUAUUGAAGACUGCAUCUCAAUUGUUACUAGAAAGCUAGAAGAUAACAACAUGCCUACAGAAUAUGCAGUAUUACUCAAACACUGCCUCACAUCUGGCUAUUUAUUGUGGAAAGAAGAGUUCUACAUGCAAGUAGAUGGAGUGGCAAUGGGCUCACCUGUAUCUCCCGUAGUCGCCGACAUAUUCAUGGAGGACUUUGAGGAGAAAGCCCUUCUUACUGCUCCUGUAAAUCCAAGAUUCUACAAGCGGUACGUAGACGAUACUUUCACAAUUUUACCAUCUGACAAAGUAACUGCAUUUUUAAACCACCUUAAUUCCAUAAACCCUAAAAUACAAUUCACAAUGGAGUUAGAGGCAAACAAUACUUUAGCUUUUCUAGAUGUUUUAGUCAUCCGAAAUCCUGAUAACACUAUUGGUCAUACUGUGUACAGAAAAAAUACCCAUACCAACCGAUAUUUAAAUGGUGAAUCUCACCAUCAUCCUUCACAGUUAGCUACCGUGGGAAAAUCUUUGUUUCAGAGAGCACGAGGGAUCUGUGACAGAAAACAUCUGGCCGCCGAGCUUCAGCACGUCGAGCAAGUACUGCAAGACAACAAGCUUCGGGUCCCGCGCCUACGUCACACAGGUAGAGAGUUGCGGAGAGUACGGACUCCUGAGGAACUGCUGCGUUUGUCGCGAUAG